AAAAUAUCACAGUUUUUUGAUCGCGAAAUCGACUAUGUGAUCACUAACUUGCCAAAAGAUCGUUGGCCACAUCAACCUACGCUUUCUCCAGGGUGUUCAUCGAAGGAGAACAUUGAUCCGGGAUUAGAAAACGUGCCACAACUGUCUACAGAAGGGAAUCCCUCCUCUUUGCAAAAGUCACCCUUGAGUGUCACCAGAGGACGUGCGAUGGUGCUUGCCGUUAAAAUAGCAUCAAAGCCUUCCACUGUCGCCUCUGGAAUCAAUCAGUCUGUUUCAGUUGGUGAAAGCCCUUUCUUCGAUAGUGACACAACCUCAGAACCGGAUGAUCCCGAACGUGACCGUCUAUGGCUGUUGAGACCAUUGGCUCGUCCUUGUAUCAAAAUAGUUGACUUAAAGGCGCGAACGCGGCCAAGUUAUAUGGAAAAAACAAAUUACAUGGAGUGUCUCUGGCGGUCCUUUUCGGGUUCCGCUUCUGCAGCUACAGUUACUCCAAAGACCCCUGUUCUUCUCAAUGCUCCACAAGCGUCCGCUACUCCUGCUGGGACUAGCACGACUCCCCUGGCCAGCGUUGGACUUCCUCUCUCUACCAAUGUUGUCACAUCUCAGCACACCACUGGACUGUCCAAACGGGAUAUCGGGGCUAAGAACUCUCCGGGGGUAUCCCUGAUUGGCUACAAGGGACUCUCCUCUUCUAAACGUCGGAAACUUUCAACUAAGCGAUCUCGAGGAACCCUUGCGGAACCUUCCGGGUACUGCGAAUGCUGCUUGUCACGUUUCAAUAGUCUGUACACGCAUGUCACUGGAGCGUACCAUAUGGAUUACGCGACGAACGCGGAAAACUUUCGUCAACUCGAUCAACUCCUUUCCGAAAUACCGUCGAUGAGGGAAGCACUGGCAAAGGCCCGAGGCGUCAAAGUCGCAGACAUAUCCCCGCCUUCCGCUGAAAAUUCUCCAACCUCUCAUAAUGAGCAAGUCAAGGAGACGGAGCCACAACCAUCCCAAGCCGCUCACGAACCAAUCGACGACGCUGUAGUGGACUUCAGCGCGCUUCCACCUCUACCCUUACCAUCAGUUCCACAAGACUGUGAAGUAGAACUCUUCAGCGAAAGCGAUGAACAUAGUAGCAUCGGUAUCAUGGGUGACCUGUCUUCGAUGUUUGUUGGUGAAGCGUCCCCGACACUCCAGCCCAUAUCAAUCAAUAGUCCAACCACUUAUUCAUCCCCACUCCCCCCGCUGGCACUGGCACCUUCCGCCACUUUAGCACGGGACGUGGAACAGGUCGUCUCAAUACCUCUUGAAAGGGGUGUUCCAGAUAGAGUCCGCGAUCACUGUAGAUUUGUCUUCCGAGUCUAUCUGUCCACCACCUCCUCUCUGCAACAAAUCCCCGAACCUGGAUUCUUUUCACCUUACAUCACAGGCUCCAAUCCUUCGGGAGACAGGUCCGGCAGUGCCACCGAUGAGAUCAGUGACUGCGCCGCCAAGGAUCGGCACGUGCACUGUGCAAGAUAUCAUCAGUUCCGUCUCGAUUGCAUCGCCUCCAAAGGACACAGCUGCCCCAUCGCUGCCAUCACCGCGAAGGAACACCUCUCCAGUACUAAAGAGGCGCUUCAGAAAUGCGGAGGAGCCUCACCCGACCACACCAGAGACACGCAGCCGCCAUCGUGCUCUCACUUUCUGUCGUCUCAUCGGAGCCGUGCACAUCCAAACAAGCAUACUAGACGCAUCGCACAAAAGGCUAAACCAAAUCUCCCAUUCCCCUGUGGCGUUUGUGGAAAUAAUGUGAACUACAAGGUCUGGAGUGUCCUCUGCUCCACCUGCGGUCUCUGGGUGCAUGCGAAUUGCUCAAAAAUGAAGCUGUCGCAAAUUCGAAAACUUCCGGAGUCGCACUCUUGGAUAUGCCCCACCUGUCACGUCCGCUAG